CAUGCGCGAGCGGGCCCUGAGCCCGGUGGGUCGAGCACUCAGGUAGUGCGCCGUGGCGCGGCGAGCGACCGGCUACUUCACUCGCGACACUUUGGUGACUUCAGUCGCCCCUCGGACCCACCCAGUACCUCGGCCUCCUUGAGGACAGCGCGCCGCCUGCGGCGCCUGGGACCACCGGCCGGCCGCGUUCUCACGUGCGGAGGCCGCCGCAGUGACCCCGCCCCCGGGCCCAGGAUGUGAGGCCGGCGGGGCGUCCCCGCACUGGGCCUGGGCGCCGGGAGAGACCGGCUCGGCGGCGCCGGGCGAUGGCCCUGCUGCCGGUGAUCCUCGCCUCCUGGAGCCUGGAGCAGUGACGGGGCUGGCAGGCGAGGGCGAGGUGGCCGCGGGCGCCAUGGAGGGGGUGCUGUAUAAGUGGACCAACUAUCUGAGCGGGUGGCAGCCUCGGUGGUUCCUUCUCUGUGGAGGGAUAUUAUCUUACUAUGAUUCUCCUGAAGAUGCCUGGAAAGGUUGCAAAGGGAGCAUCCAGAUGGCAGUCUGUGAAAUUCAAGUUCAUUCUGUAGAUAACACACGCAUGGACCUGAUCAUCCCUGGGGAGCAGUAUUUCUACCUGAAGGCCAGAAGUGUGGCUGAGAGACAGCGGUGGCUGGUAGCCUUGGGGUCAGCCAAGGCUUGCCUGACAGACAGUAGGACCCAGAAGGAAAAAGAGUUUGCUGAAAACACUGAAAACUUGAAAACCAAAAUGUCAGAAUUAAGACUCUACUGUGAUCUUCUUGUUCAGCAAGUAGAUAAAACGAAAGAAGUGACCGCAACUGGUGUGUCCAGUUCUGAGGAGGGAAUUGAUGUGGGAACUCUGCUGAAAUCAACCUGUAACACUUUUCUCAAGACUUUGGAAGAAUGCAUGCAGAUUGCAAACGCAGCCUUCACUUCUGAGCUGCUCUACCGCACGCCUCCAGGGUCACCUCAGCUGGCCAUGCUCAAGUCCAACAAGAUGAAACAUCCUAUUGUACCGAUUCAUAAUUCAUUGGAAAGGCAAAUGGAGUUAAACAGUUGUGAAAAUGGAUCUUUAAAUAUGGAAAUAAAUGAUGAUGAAGAAAUCCUAGUGAGAAACAAGAGCUCCUUAUGUUUGAAACCUGCAGAGACAGAUUGCAGCGUAUCAAGUGAAGAAAAUACAGAUGAUAAUACAACAGUCCAAGGUGAGAUGAUGAAGGAAGAUGGAGAGGAAAGCCUUGGAAAUCAUGACAGCGACUUGGCACAGCCUGAACUGCACUCCACAAGCAGCUCUCCAGAAUCCCAUUGGGAGGACCAAGAAGUCAUCCCAACUUUCUUUAGUACCAUGAACACCAGCUUUAGUGACAUUGAACUUCUGGAAGACAGUGGCAUUCCCACAGAAGCAUUCUUAGCAUCAUGUUAUGCUGUGGUUCCAGUAUUAGACAAACUUGGCCCUACGGUGUUUGCUCCUGUUAAGAUGGAUCUAGUUGGAAAUAUUAAAAAAGUAAACCAGAAGUAUAUCACCAACAAAGAAGAGUUUACCACACUCCAGAAGAUUGUGCUACACGAAGUGGAGGCCGAUGUAGCCCAGGUUAGGAACUCAGCUACGGAAGCCCUCCUGUGGCUGAAGAGAGGUCUCAAAUUUUUGAAAGGAUUUUUGACUGAAGUGAAAAAUGGAGAAAAGGACAUCCAGACAGCCCUGAAUAACGCGUAUGGUAAAACGUUACGGCAGCACCAUGGCUGGGUAGUGCGAGGCGUUUUCGCGUUAGCUCUGAGGGCAGCUCCAUCCUAUGAAGAUUUUGUGGCUGCAUUAACCAUUAAGGAAGGCGACCACCAGAAGGCAGCUUUCAGUGUUGGGAUGCAGAGGGACCUCAGCCUUUACCUCCCCGCCAUGGAGAAGCAGCUGGCAAUACUGGACACUUUAUACGAGGUCCACGGACUGGAGUCUGAUGAGGUGGUAUGACAUCUGCAGAGUAGCUCUGCCUCCUCACUUCAGGGAAUAAAGUUUGCUAAAGCGUUUUGUUGCCCGACUUAAAUUUCCAGCAGCAGCUCCAGCCCUCUCCAGUCUCUUACUUGGGGAAUGGAGAGGGGAAGGCAAAGCCUAGUGCUUUUAUAUAUAAUUUUUUCAAUGCUGUAUGUUUUGUGUGUUUAAAAAUCAAGGUGCUAUAUAGUUAGUUCAAAAGGCCUCAUGGAAAACCAAAUUGUAGCUGUUAUAUAGAUGUGAACAGCAAUUUAUAAGAGCAGAUUUGACAAAUGAAUUUGUUAGACAAAUGUUUUGUUUUUAGCUUUUAGUUUUAAUGGGUCACCCAAACCUAAGCUGAAAAUGAGCAAUUUUCUGUAUUAAGGACUAUAACUCAUAGCUGGUAUUUCAGUCAACUUAGAAUUAGUCUAAAAUUUUCAAGGGAGUUAAGCCCCUCUGUUGAAGCUAUUGAAAAUGUAGAAUUUGCUAUUCCUAGAUGUUCUGCACAGAAUUCUCUUCUCCAUGGCUCCGUGGGCCAGAAGAACCUGUGUAUUCAGCACAUCUGGUACACUGGUGUGACCAAGCAGUUCCAUCCCAUUUAUAGGUGGGGAGACUGGCUCUGAAGAGAUGAGUGGUAUGUCCUUGCCCCAAGCCGGAGGAUAGUAUGGGAGAGGUGGGUGGGUCAUCUGAGGUGACCCCUGUGCUGUACACAUCCUUUGCCACCUUUUUCCCCUGCAUCAUCUCAGUUGGACAUCACAGCAAAACCAUGGUAUUCAGGGAUUAUUAUUAAACUUCAUAAGUAAGGUUUAGAGGUCAAGGGAUAGGCUCAGUCACAUAGCCACUAAAUGGAGGAACCACGUGAUUUCCAUCUGUGACCUGGACCACCUCUACAUCAAAAUCACAUGGAGAGCUUGUUUGAAAAUAAAAUUCCCAGGCCUUACCUUGACCUGAAGAACCAGAAUUGUGGGAGUAGGACUCAGGAUAAUAAACCUUGAGUUUGAAUAAAUUUUACAAGGUAUUUUUGUGCAACAGGGUUGAAGAACUACGAGAUUAAAUUCUAGUUUAUGGAAUUCCCAGUCUUCUGCGUGAACUAAAUGUUGUAUCCUUUCUUGCAAGGAGUAGGAGGCAAUCAUUGAAGUGAAGUAGUUAAAAGGAGAGUGAGAAGUGGAGCGAGUUUACUCAGCAGCUUUCUUAACUGAACCAGCAGGCCUUGGUGUUGUCCCCGGGGGCCACAGUUCCGAAUGUACUCUCUGACCAGUCUUGGCUUAAUCACCAGUAGUGCAGAGCGAGCUAAAUGCAGCUGCUUAUCUGUCUCAAGAGCUUUGGGACCAUGUCACAGUUUAAAAGUGGGAUUUUUAAGUCUUUCAUGAAACAACCCGAAGAGUGUGACGUGAUGCCAGGACUGUGGCCUCAGUCCCUCAGAAAGCCAGCCUGCCUGGAGUGGGCGUGGGGGAGAGGCCACGGGUGCCUUCUGUGCCAGAGGCUACUCACUUAAAGUCGCUGGAAGGAAAGGUCCAGCACGAGGUAGCUCCCCGGCUGGAAGUGGUGUUCCUUUGAGGGGGCCCAGGGGAUGCUGCUCUGAGGGCAAAGAGAACCCUCUCCUUGGGUGAGAGGUUGCUUUGGGGAAGGGUACUGAUUUGGUCUUUUUGUCUGUCUGUAAACAAAUGAGUGGGCCGUUAAUGUAGCUCAAAUUAUUGAAUUGGGUACUCUGCACAAUAAGGACUUGUGGAAAAUGCUUAAACUUUAGAAAAACAGCAUCGGGUAUUUUAAGGCUGGAGAGAGAAACAGUGCUGAAGUGACAUUGAUUUAUCUUAGCACUUGCUGUUGGCAGCUGCCAAGGUGUGUGUGUUGUCUCCUCCACUCCCACAAGAAAUGAUGCGCCUCUCCUUCUCUGGCUAGUGUGGGCAUGAUGGCAGGACUCGGGGAUGAUUUAGACUUCCUGCCCUUCACAGAGCUUCCUAAAGGGAAGAAAAAAGCCACCCGCCUUUGCUUUACGUUGAGUGAAUGCACAAUAGCUAUUGUGCCAUCAGGUGGGGAGGCUACCUGGAGAUUGUAAGUGUGGAGAAGCAUUUUGAGCAAAUGCUGGUGCUUCGUGUCACCUCAGGUGAACUGCUGUGGUCCCUGGCAGAGGUGGGCUCACGGAAUAUACCUCAGAUUUUCCACCGAGGCUCAGAAUACACACAAAAAGAAAGCUGCUCAACGUAACCAUUUCACAUUUAUAUAGGUACUGCCUUGGUAUAUAUGACCCAGUUUUCUGGAGAAGAUGUCGUAAUAUCUGGGAUCUUUGGUCAGAGAAGCUUGAGUAACUUGAAUAAGUCACAUUAUCUACUCAACACUUUUCCAGCCCUACAGAAAGGGGGUAAUGUUUUUUAGUAGAUAUUUUCCUUACUGGAGCAUGUUAAGUUUACCUGAGAUGCAUAAAGCUCUGGAAAUUGAACUAUCAUCAUACUAGAUGAUAAAUUCAAUUUGACCUGAAGCUUGGCACAGUCAGAGCUUUAUCCUGAACCUGUACUAUUUGCUUCUCCGUUUUACUUAAAGUCACAAUUUGUGCUAAUUUGCAUUUACUGUCUAAGAAGAGGACAAAGAGAAAAGAGAGUUAGUUAAGGCUUUCUCUGCAGAAUCCUCCCAAGAUUCCUGGGGCUUCCAAGCUUUCAUUCUGACAGUGAGGGGAGAUGGGAAAAUGGUAUUAUCGUUGUUGGUGGAGUAAUCACCUUGCUCAGACAUUUUUAGGAUUCCCUUUCUAGAUUAACCUUUAGAGAGAUCUUGAAGGAAAAUAGAAGGUAAUGUGUCUUCUAGGUAUCAUUAGAAGCUAAUAAGUAGCAUUUGAACAAUCUCUCACAAGGUACUUUCAUACAUGUAAUUUCAUUCAUGUCUAUACUUCUUCCCACGGCAGAAGCCAGGCCUUACAUUUAGGAGGGAUUAAGGUGUGUUUGUCUAACUGAACAAAACAAAAUCCUUUCAAUGAUGGCAACUUUUUGUCCUUUGAAAGCAAAUUUGAUUCAUUAUAUCUAAUCUUGGCAAAAAUACUAAGUUAGAGGGGGUACCUUUUGGGGAAGAAACCACCUUGUGUCUGUGAAGUGCAGAUGAUUUUUCUCAUCACCUCUUGAUCCAGCUCUACAGGAAGUUUAGAAGUGGGGCUCUUGGAAUGUUGAGCACAUCUAUCCCCAGGAAAUUGACUUUGAAAGGCAGCAUUUGUUAGGAUGUAUAAGCAGUGACUUCAGGGGCCUUGUCAUCAUUAUUUAUGUAUCAUUCUGAAUAUAAAUCCUCCCCAAAUGUCAUAUUCCGUGAUGAGGGCUAUCUGAACUCCAUAGUUCAGUCCUGCUGCUUCUCUCUCCUCUUCUGUUACUAACUGUUGUGAAUAAUACCCUCAUCAGAGUACCAGAUCCAUCCCUUUUUAAACUGUUUUGCUCCAUUCCUCAGCAGCAGCUUUCUAGCACAUAUGUGGAGCAUCUGGCACAGACCUAGCCGGGGUCAGGUGCCCAGCCUGAGCAUUCUCUCUUAGUCUGCAAGAGCUCUUAGUCUGCAAGAGCUUCUUAAAGAACCCCUGUCUCAGUGUAUAGCUGUGAAGCAGGUGACCAUAUGGUGUGUACCAUCUAGGAGAAGUGAUAUGUUAUUAGAUAAAUGCUGCUGGAAAGAUUUGCAGUCUUCUCUUUUUGAUUAUUAAUUACACACACACAGACACACACACACACACACCCACCCAUCCCUAAAGUUAAUGCUUUUAGUUUUCUAUUUUCGGAAAAGUGUUUUUAAUUAGGAAAAGCUUGUGGUAGGGACCAAUAAAUAAAUUACACUUUUCUUUAUUAAAUUUGAAGUAAACUAAAAGAGCUGAAGCAAGAGGUAUCUUAUUAAAGAAACCAAAUCUGAUGAUGAAAAAUCAGAAGAAAUAUCAUUUAAGUCAGUAAGGAAAGUCAGAGGGUUAUGAGCAAUACAAGAUGUGAUUUUGGGAGCUUUCUGGAAGAAAACUGUCCUUACAUUUUUUUCCUACUAAAUGACUGUGUGCUAUAGAAGUUGGUUCCAUGAUGGUACAUUUCUGAAUCGCUUGCUUCUGAUUUUAGUUUUGUUUUUUUUUUUUAUAAUUAUUCAGCUUUCCUGCCCUCGCAUUUGAUUUCUAAGUGAAGUGUCAACCUUUAAAAAUUUUUUUAGAUUUAGAAUUUUUGAAUACAAUACAUUCUAAGCCAUUGUUCUAUUAGCUGAGCUAACGUGUUUUGUCUUGGAAUGCCUGACUUCCACGCUCUUUGUGAUCUGGUGGCGUCUGUACAUGAGCUUCAGUGUCAACAGCAACCCACGUCCCUAUGACAUGCAUGUAGAGUGCUUUACUUGGAAACACACUCUGCUUUCGGGCAGCCCUUCAUUGUCUGCAGUUGCUUACUCAGGGGUUCAUAAUAAUGACAUAAAAAUCCCCACUAGCUGUCUAAUAGUAUUUUAAGACUGCUUAUCUAUUAAUAGGGUGUAAGCGUCUUUUCAGCAAUUCCAUGAGCAUACUGUUCACUGGACCUCCUCUGGAAAUGCCCCGAGACCUGUCCUGGCACAGGCCGUAGCCUGCGUACAGGGGCCAUUUGCACGAUUUCUCAUCGCACUGCGGCCUCAGGGCACUUGGAAGUGACCCUCAGCAGUACAGUGGACACAAGCAUUGAUCUUUCUUCUGCACUGUUUCCGUAUAACCUUUCAUUUCAAAAGGAAGAAACAUAGCACUACUCUGCGGAGCAGAAGUUUUCCAAGUUCUUUGGUUACCCUUUUUAAUCACUUCUCUUUCAGAGUGAACACAUGUUCUCAGCUACACUAUGUGAGAACACAAGAAAGAGACCUUGCUUGUUCUAAGCACUAGACUUUCUAUUUUAUGUAUUUUAAAGUCUGAUCAGUAUUUCCUCCCAGACUUUGUAAACAGAAACCACUCUGGGAUGGUUGGUACCCCUAGCAAAGCUGAUCUCCUCCACAGAUUCCCACAUAUCUGUGUCUAUUUACAGGUGUAUUGUGGAGUCAGUUGUGACAAGAAGGGUGAUCUGGAAGUAAUUCUGUUGCUUCCCAGGAGGCUAAUGAGCCAGUCUUGUGGCAUGUUUGAUGCGUGAUUCCCCAGUGUCAUGACAGUUUCACUAGAAUGUCAGUAAGCAGCCCAACUACCUCAUGUAAAAUUGGCUGUGGACAAUCUGUGUCAGAUGAGACAUGUGUUAAGGUUGAUUUAAUCUGGUUAAUAGAUUGGACAACAUAAUGUCUCUGUAAAGAAGAAACACAUUAGACCAGAUGCCAAAGGCUACUAUGUACAUAGAUUUCCUUGGAUUGCUUUUUAAAGUCAAUGUUUAAUUCUGCCCCCAGUAUUCUCAUCUCAGUUGGUUGUGAUUUCAUAGAUCCAUGCACUUUGAGUAUCUGUCACAGGCAGUCCUAUGUUACUUGUUCUUGUUCAACAUUUUGAAUGAGCAUCAUAAUGACAGUGGAAAGCAAGUGUCUGGUGGUUUGUUGAUUCCUUAAUUUUAAUGGACAUUUACUUAGAAUAUAAUGUGUUGGAGCCUUUAAGGAUCAACUGGAUAAAUGAGAAUUUCAUGUUUAGGUUUCAUGUAAAACUCUGUCCAAGUUCAUACUCUGUAUUUUGUGGGAAGGGGGGAACAAGGGAGGGAUUUACUUUUUUUGCAAAAGUAUUUGAAAACAUUUGUCAGAUUUUAUAUUCAUUAGUUAUAAUAAACUUAUUUUUCAAGUAUUUUA